AUGGACAAUAUGGCAGACAGAAGUGAAAGAAUGCAGAUGAAAAAAAAAAUCACGUUACUAAAUGGAGUUUCUUUAAUUGUAGGGAACAUGAUUGGCUCUGGGAUAUUUGUAUCACCCAUAGGUGUUUUAAUGUACAGUGCUUCCUAUGGACUCUCUCUCGUCAUCUGGGCACUCGCUGGGAUAUUCUCACUGUUCGGAGCUUUGUGUUACGCUGAAUUGGGAACAUCCAUUGUUAAAUCUGGAGGUUAUUAUGCCUAUCUUCUGGAAACAUUUGGUGCUUUUGUGGCCUUCAUCAGCCUGUGGUGUUACUUGCUAAUUACUGAACCAACAACUCAGGCAGUGAGAGCAAUCACAUUUGCUAACUACAUCGUUCAACCAAUUUUUCCUGAUUGUGAGCUGCCAUAUGCAUGUGAGCUGCCAUAUGACGCAGUCAGGUUGAUUGCAGCUGCUUGUAUUUGUUCCCUAACAUUUAUUAAUUGUGUUAAUGUGAAGUGGGGAACCCGUGUACAGGAUGUGUUCACAUAUGUGAAAGUUCUGGCUCUUAUCUUGGUGAUAGCUGUUGGCCUUUAUAAAAUCAGUAAAG